AUUAAUGUGAUACGGAAUUACCCAACCCUCGAAUCUCUCCCUCCCUUUCUUUCCAAGCCAUUCUGCAAUCAUGUUGCUACUACCGUGUGCCUUCGCUUAGUUGCAAAUUCCAUAUUUGUGUUGAUUACCCAUACGCGAUCAAUCGCGUUGCCGUUAAUCCAAUCUUCUGCAACGAUUUAUAGGAGCAGCCGAUCAAAUUCGCGAGACUCAUCAGCUAGCUUCAGCUGAUUCCAAUCCUCCACUUGUCCUUGCCCAACCUGGUUUAGUAUCCCCUUAAAUUUUCAAUCGCUUUCUUUCUGCAAGCAAGGGGAAGAUGGCAGACCUGCCUUAUCACGUGAGAUCUUGCUUGCAAUCUGGGAAACUUGCUUUGCUAGCAAUUCUUGUCUCAGGGGGGAUUGUACUGCAAAUACUGGCUUGUGCUUUGUACAAUAAUUGGUGGCCAAUGCUGACAGUUUUAAUGUAUGUACUUCUACCGAUGCCUUUACUCUUCUUUGCUGGAUCCAACGCCUCUUACCUUUAUACUGAAUCAAGUAAUGGUUGGAUAGAUGCUACUAAGUUUAUGACCGGUGCGUCAAUUGUUGGUAGCAUUGCUAUACCAGUUGUUCUCAAGCAUGCUGGUGUAAUUGGUUGGGGAGCAUUAGCAAUGGAGCUUUCAUCAUUUCUCAUAUUUGGUAUGGCCAUUUUGUGUUUUAUUGGGUCGAACGACGAUGAUGCGUACAGUAUGUUUUAAAACCGAAGAUCAGAAGCCACCUCCUUGAUUUUCUUCGUGUGAUGCAUUGACUGUGCUAUUAUUUCUGGUUUAUUUUUUCAUGUCUUCUUGUGCUUCGCCAUGCCUACUCUGCUUUGUAAAUGUAUAAACAAUUUGUUUUGCAACCAAAUUUCUUUAAGGGAUCAAGAUUGCGGUGGCUGUUGAGAA